AUGGCGUCUGAAGAUAAAAAGACUACAGUAGCUGAUGAGUUGGAUGAUAUUGACGAUCUACUUGAUGAUUUUAUAGGAAAAACCAAUGUAACCUAUUUAAUUUCAAAUGUUUCAGAGGUUUUGGACGACUUUUCUUCACAGCAGUCUUCUAAGCAUCAUGACUCAAACAAGCAAACUACAACUUCCACAGCCACUACUUCAAAUGAGAAUCUUAUAAAUGAUGAAGAAUAUGCGGCGCAAUUAGCCGCAGACAUGGAAGAUUUUGUUAAACAGUUUGAAGAAAACGAAGAGAUAAAAAAAGCAUUUCAAGAGUUAAUGAAUUCAGUUGGUGAUGAAUCCAUCAGUGGGGUUGGAAAUAGCGAUAGUAAUAAUUUAGGGGGGCCUAAUGAAUUCAAAGAAAGAUCAUUUCAAGAUAAAAUCAAUCAAACAAUGAAUAAACUUCAAAAUAGUUCGGAUCAAGUUGAUGCCGAAAUUUCAGAAGGUGCAGCCGAUGCAUUAGUCGAACAAAUGAUUAAACAAUUAGAAGGUGUAGCAGGGUUAGCAGGUCUUGGUGAGAAUGGAAAUAUGGAGGAUAUGAUGGGCGGAGGAAUGGAUAAAGUAUUAGAGUGGAUGAUGGAAACUCUAGCGACAAAAGAUUACUUAUAUGAGCCAAUGAAAGAAUUUGUUCAAAAGGACUAUGAACGUUAUGAAAAACAAUCAAAGUAUAUUCAAAAAAUUAUUGAGAAAUAUGAAGCGCCUGAUUUUGAUGAAAACAAUGAACAACAGAAUAAGGUCAUAGUGAGCUUAAUGCAAGAACUUCAAGAACUUGGUCAACCACCAGCAGAAAUUCUUCAUGAGUUAGCACCGGGAAUAGAACUUGAUGAACAAGGAAUGCCAAAAAUAUCUGCUGCAGAAUUGUCUUCUGGUUGUAGAAAUAUGUAA